UUUUGUCGUGUUAAAGGAUCUAGCGAUGAAGAGCCAGCAGGCGGCGAAGGUCUCUCUGAAGAAGUCUACGAAGUUGAGAAGAUUCUAGAUCAUAAUGAUACCGAUGAAGGACUGUUUUACUUGGUACGCUGGAAGGGAUUUGGUGAAGAGGACGAUUCUUGGGAGCCCUCCGAAAAUUUGGCGCUGGCCGUAAAGGCUAUUAAUGAAUACGAAGAGCGUAGGAAAUCGAAAUCGAAAGGAAAGAAGUCGAAAACCCCCAAAUCAAAGAGCAAAUCAAAAGGUCAAGAAAAGCAGCAGAAAAGUAAAAAGGGAAGCCGUCGCUCUUCAGUACUUGUCGAUGACAAAUCUGAGUCAGAACCUGAGAUCCCCUCAUGUGAUGACGAUGAUGAGUACUUGGUGGAAAAGUCAACGAAGAAAUCUGGACGAGUUUCGACGUAUUCAGGAACGGUCACUAAAGCAGCGCUGAAGUCUUACUCUCCCACUACUACAAAUGCCUCCAAGAGUACACCUACAAGCACACGUGCGCAAACUGUAGAUACCAUAUCUGCAGCUAAAAAGGUGAGAUCUGCCGAAUUGCAGGCUCUGCAGAUGCGUCAGUCAUGGUUAUAUGACAGCGAUUCCGACGAUGAUUCGGGCCCCGAAAAAGAGAAUGAAAAGAAGAAAAAAGAAAGUGAUAAGGAUGGAGCAAAAGACAUGGCUACUGCAAGUGCGGAAGAGGGAAAACAUGAGGAAACGGUUGAAAAGACACCGCUAGUUGCAGAGCCUCAAAGUCAAAAAGUCAAUGAUCGUAAACGCAAAGUGAACGAG